AUGUCUGCUCAUUUCUUCAAUGUUAAAGCAUCAGAAAAUGGCACUAAGUUUCACUUAGAAAUUGAAGAAGGAUUAAUGUAUGUUCUUACAACGAUUUCUGUUGCUAAUGGGGAGUGUGUUGUAUCAUUCGAAAUUGAAGAUGAUGAGAGUGAUGAGGACAAAAUGAAAGAAAUUCAUAUUGCACGACUUUCUCAAUCAGUUCCUAUGGAAUCACUUCAUCUUGAAUUUGAUUUACAAUAUGUUGACUUUGUAGUACGAGGGAGUGGUGAGGUAUAUUUCAAUGGGUAUGAUAUAAUUGAUCCACGAUUCAGAGACUAUAUGGAUGAAGAUAUUGAAGAUGGUGGAUUUGAAAUGAACACAAAAUAA